UCUGUUUGAUUGUUUCAGAAUUGAUUUUAAUGCUAAAGGUUAAAGUUGUGCGUUUAUACAAUCGGACGUAAUUGACGUAUCCUCUGAGAAGCUUCCGCCUUUGAACAAGACUUCAUCUUUCGAUGUUUUUUAAUGAUGUGGUGCUCAUUGAAAGGAAAACAUUUUUAAAAAGUAUAUAAACAUGAGCAUCAGAUGGUAUCUGGCAGUCUAGUGGCUGCUUUUUGGCUGCUUUUAUUUAUCUGUCUCACAUUCAAAAUUAAAUGUUUAGUUUGUAAAUUAACAUUUUUAAUGAGAACAGUGUAAUUAAGACCAAGCAAAACUGUAAUAUGAGCUCCAAUUACACGUGCAACCAAAACACUAAUGACCGUUUUGACAGAUGAGCGGCCCCUUGUGACUGUACAAAUGCUAAUGGAAAAUUGCAGUUAGGCAGAGUUUACAGGUCUUUCGAAUGUUUGUGAAAGUAACCUAUUUCAUGCAGUUUCAUUUACGUAAAAAAUUAUUUUUAUAUCCCAUCUAAAUGCUUUCCGAGAAACUAUUGUCCUCACAAGUUGACCAAAGCAUAUUUGAGAACUCCAGCACGGCUCAUCAGCCGAAGUUCCAGAAUUCCAGGUCAACGGCACCACUGAGCCGGCGCUCGGCAACUUCCCCGUCCAGCCCGGCGGUCCCUGCAGAUGUUUCUGGUGCCGGGAUGCUGAGGACAGGAAGCAGUCAGCACCUGAAGAAUGCCCUCAACCUGGGCAAGGCUAUGGGGGCAAAGGUCAACGACCUUCUGCGGCGCAAAGACCCCAGUAGCCUGGGAGAUGUCGGCGUGACGGAAGUUAACAAGAUUGCAGGCGCAGCAUGGGCGUGCAUGGACCGUGAUACUCUCAGCAUCAUGGGCAGCAGCCUCUUUGGCCAGGAUUCUUUCCCACGACUGAACCCACCCCCUCCCACCAGUAAGAAGCGCCUCCCUCGCGCUCUAAAGACCACGCAAGACAUGAUGAUCUCCUCUGACCCUGUUGUGGCCACGCCUGAAAUAUCCGACUCUUGCAUUUCUUCACCUGAAGAGGUUCCCCUGUUCCGGAAGGAUGGAUGCACAGACCCACAGGAAGGAGGGAAAAAAGGGGUGGAAAGAGGUGCUGGUCUCAGUGAGAUCAAAGCAGAGAAGGACAGUGCCGCCAAUUUAGACAAACCAGCAGAGAUCGGCAAAGCCGAACCAUCCCAGCUUCAGCUCUCCGUGCCUGACCUGAUCCACAAGGAUCACCUGGACCCUCCACAGAAACCUGGAUGCCAGCAGGUCAGGAUGGCAUCCACCCCCUGCUCAGGGAAACCAGGCUGCCGCAUCAGCUUGAGCGAUAGUGACUUGGAGAAGAACUCUGAAGAAACUGAAGAGCCUCACCCAGACCUGUUAUCGUUUGAGUAGCUUCUAAAAGCUUCUGGAGAAGUCUCUCUUACCCUUGUCUCCAGCCUUGCCCUUUUGGCUGUCCAUUGUAUUUGUCUGUUAAGACUGAGGCAUGCGGGGUUAAUCACCAGCUGUUUGAAAGAUAUUGUCAAAUCUAAGUGCAGCGAGUGCAUGGAGAUCUUCUUGAUCAAGGGUUAGAUGUUUAGCACAAUAUGACCUUUCUGUUGAAUUGUAUAUAAAGUAGUUUAUUUUAGGGAGAAAAAUCAGUUUCUCAAAACAAAGUUACCUGGAGAAAGCCUUCAUCAAAAGUGUCUCCAGUAAUGGAACUGAACACGGCUGCAUUUUUUAUAACAUUUUCCAACUUUGAUCAAAAGGAUGCCUAGGGGUAGCUGGUAUUAUCAAAAUGCCGAAGCUGACGGCUGAGGAAAAAAGGGCUCCCCUUAUGAAAGAGCGUUACCUUUUUUUGUAUUUUUUUGCAGAAAUGAUUUUUAUACUUGCUUGGUCUCAAAGUGACCAGCUUUAAAAUGCUUAAAGUGUAUUUUUUUUUUCCAAUAUACUUAAGUGUUAUAAUAAUGAAGUAUAAUUUGAAAAGUGUAUAGAAUGUAAACUUGGAGCAAACAAAGAGUAAGUAUCGUGUGUUCUCAAAUUAGCCCAUUUAGAGUUUACUGGCACGAAUAUGUUUGCAUCCUUGGUAGCUCAUUAAAGUACCUACUGAGUGAUUUUUUUUUUUUUUUUUUUCCCCCCCCCCUUUUUUUUACCAGGGCUUUUAGCUUUUCUGUUUGUCUAUGUCUUCUAAGAGAAAUGUUUUGUGCAUUCCAUUUCAUUUAAGAACAGUAACAUAAGUUUUUACAAACAGUUAGAAAAUAUUGCUCUUUUGAGAGACAGCAGCUUAUUCCCUUUAGUGCACAUCAGUGUAUCAGCACGCGUUAACCUAAAACUGUUGUCAUCUCACUGUGUGUUGACUGUUGCCUGACAGAGGGUCCUUGAAACCAUGAACAAAUGCUGCUGUUGGGUUUAUCGGGACGAUGCCGAGCUCCCUUUCCGGAGCGUCCGUCACGGCCCGUCUGUCAGGACGGCUCUGAGCUCGGCUCGGGGAACUGUGGAAUUGCUGCAACUCGGCACUGCUUCUCACCUCAUGAAUGUACAGGUAGUGCAGCAGCCUCCCCUCCGAGAGCCUUUCUUCACAGAUGGUGUCACUAUUUGCGUCUGGGGAUUUUCGUUUAUUCACAAGUUACUGUUGCAAAUAGCCGUGCAAUAGAACAGUGGUUCUCAUAUACCGCUGUGCUUUUUUUUCCUUUUUCUUUUUUUGCAGCCAAAUCAGUUAAUUAAUUGUGUUACAUUGAAUGAAUUUCACAGCUCAAAUAUUAAACCAAACGUUAAUUUCACUACUUUUUUUUAAUACUGAAUUUGAGAAUCUGAAAA